AUGAGCAUUGGUCCCGAUAAGAGCAAUACUCAGCUCGAUCCUAAAGUCUUUUCUUCGAUCCUGGACUUUCUCAGUCAGCAAUCUCAUCAGCAACAACAAAAUGCUUCUUCUUUUGUAAUGUCUCUUAACAAUCCUUCUUCACUCCUUCCAAUGAACAAAUUGAAUAAUAAUAAUAACAAUUCGGAUCCGAAUUCACUCUUGGUAAUGGCUCUUCAACAAGAUCGAGAACAGCAACAACCACAAAUGGAUCUUGCAGGAUCGAUCUUGUUGCAACAACAGCAACAACCAAUGAACAACCACUCCAAUCAUUCGUGGAUGAAUGUAGCUGCCACUUGUCAUCCUCCUACAACAGCCAUCAUGUCUCCACCCACACAAGCCACUCUUUCAACGCUCAACAAUUCCGAUCUCAUACAACCACUCUACUUGAAUUCGUCAUCUUUAACUUCUCAUACACUGCCCUCAAACAGUCAAAUGUCAAAUACACCAUCAUCGAUAAUAACAUCCCUCCAACCUUCCACAUGUAACAACAAUAACAAGGAAGAAAUCACCACAAACAUCACCAUGAUUGGUACUAAUUGUGAGGAAGAUCCUGCAACUACUACACCUCUUGGGAUGCUGUCAACAACAAACUUGUUGAUGUCUCCCAAUGACGUUGCCAUUGAAAUGUUGUUGGCAUCGGUCUUGAAGGGAAGUAGAUUCCAUGAAACAAAUGAAGACUGUAAGAGCACUCUCGCCACAAUAGCUCAAGAUGCAAAUGUCGGUGCUGAUGGAACCAAUUCCUUAAAUAGUAAUUCCAUAGAUGGGAAUAAUGCCAGUGUUCAAAGUGCACUAUUGCAGCAAAUGGUAUUUGCCAGCGACUACAAGAAUGAAUCUCAACAACAACAACAACAGACACCACAACGAGUGGUCAUCAGCAUGUCGCAUCAACUGAACGAUCAUCCAAUUUCUGCUUGUGUUCUCAACACGCACCACCACCACAUGUCCACAAGUACUUGUUCAGCUCUUCCUGCCACCUGUCAUCAACCUCAAGAAUAUUCAAAUUGUUCAAAAAGUAGUAGCACAAGUGCAUGUAGUAGUAGUUUUACAGAUGGUGGAGUUGGUGGAGGUGACUACACUCCAACCACAACGUCAAAUAGUAGUAGUAGUAGAACUUUUGAGAAUUCAGAAUUACUUUUUUUAGAAUCCACUUCACUUGUACAAGAAGACUUUCAAGUCUCCGCAAAUUCUCAACCAUUGUUUAACAACAACCACAACCACAACAAUCUCUCUAACAAACAACAGCCACAACUCGUCCUGAAUUCAAAAACAUCUCCAAAUCGCAGUCAUUCACAACACAUGAAAAAAUCAUCCUCCUCACCACCACAACGGAAAUCAACAACAAAAACAACAAUCAUGACACCUCCUCCUCCUAUCAUGGGCAGUACAUGCACCAAAAUGACGACGAACGUCAGAGAGAGUGGUGGCGGAGGAAUCAAAAAGAAAAAACGAAAAACUGACAUUUCCAACACGAAUGCUGCUUCCUUGUUGUCGGGUCGAAUGGUGUCAAUGACCACUCCUGAGGAAAUGAGUAGAAGAUUUCAACGCAUGUCCAAUGAAGAGGGCGUGAAGAGAAAAAGAGGAAGGCCAAAGAAAGAAACUGAACCUUAUGCUGUAAGGUUUGAAAAAAUGGAAAAUCCAAAAGAAUUGGUAACGAAAAAGCGUUAA